AUGGUCUCUCUUUCUUCAUCUCCAAAACGUUCUGCGAGGAUGGAUAAGCGUAUACCACAAGCACCCGCCGUGGCUGGUCCUUCCACACGACCGAUGUCGAGGCCAAGAUCAUCGUUGACGGAUCAAUUUUCACCAGGAUCAAGGCAUUCAUUCCACGGUGAACAUUCAACAGAUUUCCCCCAAAACCUCGCGUCGCAUCGCUCAACGAUAUGGUCUGCAACGGGCGAUUUGUCUCCCGGUGACGGAGACUCGAUUUUGCAGGACAAUUUGAUACCCCCCACGCUAUAUGUACCCACUCCAAACCAUUCUCCUACAAUACAGCCAUCGCGCCACCCAGAGUUCUGGCUUUAUGAUGGAUCCAUCGUGCUCAGUGUUCAAAACACCCUUUUCCGUGUUCAUCAAACUAUACUUGCCAAUCACUCCGAGGUUUUCUCUGACCUGUUUACAGUGCCACAGCCCGAAGGGGAGGAAACCAUGGAUGGGUGCCACUUAGUUCAUCUCCAGGAUAGUGCGAAGGAUUUCGAGGAUCUUUUAAGAGCUGUAUAUAUCCCUGACCACUUUGAAUCCGUCACUGUCGAGUCAGAUCUCGAAUCCAUCCUCACCUUCAUAACCGGUAUCUUGCGUCUCAGCACAAAAUACAUGAUACGCUACCUUCGCCAGCGUUGCAUUACCCUCUUCCUUGCCAAACUCCCCAGCACAUUCGCAGGCUAUGAAGCCAAAUCUCUGUCCACCACCCCAGACCGCUAUCGUUCCGACACAAUCAUGCGUGCCAUCCAGCUCGCUCGGGAAACCAACGUUCCAGAAGCUAUCCCUUAUGCAUACUACUGCCUGUCGCGCUUCCCGCACAAACGUUUUCUUAAGGACAGACCGGACGACAUUUCGUGGAAGGAUAAGAUGAUUGUACUCAUCGGCAGGGAGAGGCUGCAGUGGGCACAGAUGAGUUUGUCACAUCGUUUCUUGCUCGUAUUCCAACGCUCUCCGGUAUGUGUCUCUGCCAUGUGUGCGCAUUCACGUGGACCACAUGCGGAGUGGCACGAGAUUGAGCGGCUGGGUUCUGCGCACCCACUUAGAGCGUACGAGGGCUGGGAUAAUAUGAAUGUUUGUAAAGACUGCAUUUCAUACUGUCAGGCAAGGCAUCUCGAAGGGAGGAAAGAAGUAUGGAAAUGUUUGCCUACGUGGUUUGAGCUACCGACAUGGGAAGAGUUGAAGGCAGCACAGAACAGUUAA